AUGGGGCCACCGCUCCCCCUCGCUCUGCUCGCUGCCGCCGCCACCGUUGCCGCUGCCUCCGGCUCCACCAGGUCCCCAGGUUCGUUCCGGGUGCAGGUUCGGCCCCAGCAGGUGUCCGUGCAGCCAGGAGGUUCCGUGUGGCUCAACUGUAGCACGAGCUGUCCACGGCCAGACGGUGGGGAGGUCCGGACGGAGCUGUCCCGGGGCCGGACAGAGCGGGGCCCCGGCUGGCUGGCCUUCCAGCUGCAGGACGUGAGGGCCUGGAGCUCCGAGCCCCGCUGCACCUUCCGCUGCGCCGGGGUGACCCGGGAGGCCGUGGCCAGGGUCUACACUUACCAGGCCCCACGCCACGUGCUCUUGGAGCCGCCGUCCCCCUUCGAAGACGGCGCCAAGUUCAGGCUGCGCUGCCACGUGACGCGAGUAUUUCCCGUGGGGUUCCUGACCGUGAUUCUGCGGGCCGGGGGGCGCUCCCUGUUUGUGGACCACCUGGUGGACCACCGCCGCCCGGAGCCCGCCAACGUGACAGUGACCCACGAGCUCCGGGCUCGGCUCCGGGACCACGGCCUACCCGUCACCUGCCAUGCCCGGCUGGACCUCGGCGGCCAGGUGGUGGGCCGCAGCUCAGAGCCCGUGGUGUUGCGGGUCCAAGGGAGCCGGAAGGCUAAGUUGGUGUCCUGGGCAUCGAUCGGUGCUCUGGUCACCCUCCUGCUCCUCGGCUGCAUGUUUCUGUCCGGACGGCACCUGGCUCAAGGACCUCUGAUCCCCGCCGCCGCGGGGGUCCGGGGGGGAGAGGGGAGCGCAAGGCGGUCUCGGUCAGCCGAGGGGACGGACGAAGGCGGCGAGGGGGCGGGGAGCCGGGGGACCGACAGGGCGGGCUUUCCGGAUUGGUUCCGCUCCGGGAGCGCGGCCCCUUUAAUUGGUCCCCUCUCGAGCGGAGAAUAG